UAUAUCUAUAUGUGUGUGUGUGUAAUGUGUAUAUAUAGCACGUCCUCAAACAUGAACGAUCAUCGCUCCUUCAAAGCUGAAACUUGGAAAUCCAGAGAAACUUAGAAACAUACAUAAAUCCUGUUUCUUUGUCUUUCUUGACUCCUUAAUUAUAAUUCAUCCCUAUUGGUUGAUCACUUGUAACAUAUAUACAUACAUAUAUACCUGAAAGUAAGUAAUUUGAAGGAUGGUUGCGGUGGUGCCAUCUCCAACUCCAAUAUCACAAACGACGACCACCACCACCACCAAAAAGACGAGGUCGUCGGGAGUGGGAAUAAAUAUUCCAACAAUCGAUCUCGGUGUUGAUCAUCGUGAGAGGUCGUUGUUGCCUCAUAAGAUUGUGCAAGCAUGUGAAGAGUACGGUUUCUUCAAGGUGGUGAACCACGGCGUUCCAAAGGAGGUUAUUUCAACAAUGGAAAAUCAAGGGAAUGCUUUCUUUGCAAAAACGGCAUCGGAAAAGCAACAAGCUGCUGGGCCAGCUACUAGUCCUUUUGGUUAUGGAUGCAAAAAUAUAGGCUUCAAUGGCGAUAUGGGUGAGCUUGAGUACCUUCUUCUUCCCACCACCAACUCCCCUCUCCCCUCCGUUUCUGACUUAUCCGAACCUAUCUCCUCCCCUGGCUUCAGUUGUGCAGUGAAUGAUUACAUAGAAGCUGUUAGGGAGCUGGCGUGUGAGCUUCUAAAUCUAUUGGGUGAAGGCCUGAGGGUCCCAAAUAAAUCAGUGUUCAGCAGGCUCAUCAGAGACGUCCAAAGUGACUCCUGCUUCAGGCUCAAUCACUACCCUCCUCUCAAGCAGCAGCAACCCUCCUCUAGGUCUGGCUGGGAAUGGGACCUGUCAUCUCCGAAACCAAAACUAACUACUAGUACUCCUCGAAUGGGAUUUGGAGAGCAUUCUGACCCUCAAAUCUUGACCAUCCUCCGCUCCAACGACGUUGAAGGCCUUCAGAUCUGUACUCGGGCUGGCUUAUGGGUCCCCGUCCCUCCUGACCCCUCUGAGUUCUGUGUGUUUGUGGGUGAUGCUUUAGAGGCAAUGACAAAUGGAAGGUUUGUGAGCGUGAGACACCGAGUAUCGGUUGCAAGUUCAGUAAAGUCCAGAAUGUCAAUGAUGUAUUUUGGGGCUCCUCCUCUUAACGCAUGGAUCUCCCCUCUUCCAAAGUUGGUCUCUACCGAAAAACCAAUUCGCUACAAGCCCUUCACUUGGAGUGAGUUCAAGAAAGCUGCUUACUCACUACGCUUGGGAGAUUGUCGUCUCGACCUUUUCAAGAUUCAUACUAAUGAUGAAAUUCUGUCAUAUCAGCAGGACCUUGUGUAAUGAGUUACGAUUUUGAAACUCCAUUAGCUCGGGCACAAUCAUCUAACAUCACAUUUUAGAAUUCUGAGAUCAAACUGACGUAGAUAUCUAGGGCGAAUUGGAGUGUUUGUAAUUUAUCCGGGGGGAUUUUUGGCUGGAAGGGCUUCCCCCCUGUGCAUUUCUUUCCAUUAUGCUCGGUGUGUGAGGAUUGAUUUGUGCUCUUUUGUGAAAAUAGAUUUGAAACAAGCUAGUGUUAUGAGUUUAUUCAAUAAAAUUAGAGAA